CAUAUAUAAACCCCCAACUUCCCUUUAUUCUCUAACCGCGUUCUUCAGUUAUAAAAAAUGGACGAUUCCAACGAACACAAAGGAAACUCCUCACCGUCCAGUCUGAAAGAGAUGCUCAAAUCUUCUCUAUGUUUAUCUUGUUGCCUUCGUAAGCACCGGAAUGGCCAUCAUCAUCUUCAUCACCACCAUCAUCAUCACCACCGGCGGAUGAUGUCUAUUUCGUCCGACGGUGAAUCGUCGCCUGGACCGCUCAUGAGAUGUUCUUCUGCAAAGGAUAAGUCCAGAUCUCGUGAGUGUCAUGAUAUUAAAGAUCGACUUCCGAGUUUCAUUUCCCGACUCGGUCGCCAUGGACGUCGUCACUCUGCUUCCGCUGAUUUCCAUUACGAUGCACUUAGUUAUUCGCUUAAUUUCGAUGAAGGAUAUGAUGAAGGUCAUGUUGAUGAUGAUUUUCCUCUCAGGAAUUUCUCCUCUAGGUUACCGGCUUCUCCUCCGAAAUCCUCACCGUCUACGACUACUGCAUCGAGGGAGAUGAUCACGGCGUUUAGUUAAUUUAAUCCAAUAUAUCAAUCGAAUCAUAUUUAUGUGGAAGGCGCUUUGAGGUUUUAAUUCCCGGCCGAUCGUUAAUAAUUUUAUCACGGCGAACUGAUCGGUGUGGUUAUACUUAUGAACGAUGAGGUUCACUGGAAUUUAAGAGAUCGAAUUCCAAAAGGUACAUUUCUCGCAGAUUUUUCAAUGUAUAAAUCCUCUGGAAAUACGUUUUGGUUUUUUUUUUUUUUUUGCACAACUUUUUCUUCGUGGAAAUAUCAUAUAAAUAUAUAAUACAUAUAUGUAAUUGCUUGUGUUUAUGUAGCAUAUUCGGAUUUUGCAACAUAGUUUUCCAUAUUGUUCUUGUUUCAUAUAUAUAAAUAUAAAUUAAAUUAAAUCUCA